GCGACUUCCGUUCUGAGAAAUCGAUUGUGUCAAUGGGUCAGUAUUUUAAGGAGCUGUUCAUUACUUAAGUGUUUUAGUUGCCUCCCAAUAUUUGCAUAAGAAAGAUGCAAAUUCCAUAGCAAAGAACUGCGAAAUAGUCAACGUUUAUCUCGAUAAAGGAAAGAGCUUUGCAAUGGAUACUCAUUUCAGCAAGUUACCAAACAGUCUGAUUGAAAUAUGUGUGGUAGUGGGCAUGGAUCAGGAUACUGGCCUUGUUCUAGCCAGAUCUGCUGAGAGCAAGAAAGCUUCAAAAAGCAGUAAACAAGAGUCUCCUCUUUCUCAAACUCUGUUUGAAACCCAUGUACUGGCUGCCUUGUCAGGAGAAGUGGCUUCGUUUUGUUGCACAGCAGUGGAGUUUGACAGUGAGCCUUAUUAUUCAAAUUUGGGUAUUCUGUGUAGCCCCGCUAAAGGUGGAAAUCCUGGAAGGCGAGCACGAAGGGGAUCAGUGAGGGUCAAGACAGCUGAAUUACCACUGACACAGGAAGUUAUAAGCAGCUUGCCACAAUUUUGUUUUCCUGAUGGUGGCACUAUUUCUAAGAAAAAGAAACCAGUCGAGUGUCAUUCACUUGUUCUCACAGACAUGGAAGGUAUGGCCAGGGAGUUUGGAUACACUUCCCAUUUAUUUUACAGUUUUUUACACAAUGGUGAGACAGUACAUAUUAUGCCAAUUCUCCUGGAUUAUCCAGGAGUCUCUCAGAUACAGAGUCAACCUCCUGCUCUCCUAUAUGGGUGACUAAAACUCCUGGAUAAAAGGAAGUUUGGAUGAGUUGCCCACAAAAAAACUAAGAUUUAAGCUCCUUAUGUUCCAAAAUUCCAAAAUUGUUUGGCUUCUUAUUCUUGUGUGAUGCACAUUGUUCAUUGCAAACAAAAAGAGAGCUUUUUCUUUGUUACUCCUACGUAAGAGAGAGUCUGAUUGAGUGAAUAUUCAACCAACUGAAGUCCCUGAGAGGUAGAUCCACGUUUUCCCUGCAAAAUUGCUUGGCAUGCUCACUGAUACUCAAAGGUCCACAGUCUGAAUCUCGAUCAUGGGAGAGGAGGAGGUCCAAAUCAAAAAAAGACA